AUGCUCCGUUCAAUGAAAGCCAAACACGUUCGCAUGGUCAUCGCUGGCCUCUCCUUCAUUGUUUCCAUCAUAAUCUUGGGGACAAUACCCACCUGGGUGGAACGUGAAAAAUGUUGGGAAAUUUGUGUGUGGAAGCAUGUUUGCCUGCUGCAGAUUGUAGGUGGAUUGUGCCUAUUUUUGGGCUCCAUAAAGAGCAAUCAAUGGCUCUUCUUGCCCUGGCUGGUGUCUGCCUGUAUUUUUAUCUAUACAUUGCUUUACAAGUCGGUAUUAUAUUAUUUUCACCUUGAGGACAGAAUAUUGAUGGUGGUUCCCCUUUUUCAAACCAUUGCUGGUUUCUGGUGCUACUUUGUAUUCGACGUCUUCCAGGACUUUCUCCUUUGCCACGGUCAGAGGAAUCACAUAAAUCUCAGUAAUUGAUCGCACUUC